GCGGCGCGUUCUCUUCCGAGUCUUCGUCGUCGACGUCGAGCCUUGUUGGUCUCGGUUGCUGCCCCUCUGCCCUUAGACUUGACUGGUAUACCUCCGCUCAGCAACUCUGGGAUGGCUGUAUCAGCCUCCACGAAGCGUGCUAUCCUAGACGUCGCGCUGUUUGUAGCUUCUCAAGCAGCUCUGUACUACACCAUACGAUGGGUCAUGGACGGGACGAUGUCCGGGGAGAGGAAAGAGGUGAAAGCAAAGAGCCUGAAGGCGCUAGAGAAGCUCGGGCAUAGAGACUUGAAGCUGGACGAGUACGAGAAGCAAAUAGCCUCGGAGGUCAUACACCCAGAUGAUAUCGACGUCCGCUUCUCAGACAUUGGAGGGUUGGAACCUAUCAUAUCCUCACUCCGAGAAUCCGUCAUCUAUCCGCUCGUCUUCCCUCACCUCUUCAGCUCUUCUUCCCUCCUUGGUGCGCCCAAAGGUGUUCUUCUAUUCGGACCACCGGGCUGCGGAAAGACUAUGCUUGCAAAAGCUCUCGCCAAGGAAUCUGGCGCGACCUUCAUCAACAUCGUUGCGUCCGUGCUCACGAACAAGUGGUACGGCGAGUCGAAUAAGCUCGUAGCAGCGCUCUUCUCCCUCGCGCGGAAGACACAGCCGAGCAUCGUCUUCAUUGACGAGAUCGACUCUUUCCUUCGCGAGCGAACGAAAGGCGACCACGAAGUCACCGGGAUGAUGAAAGCAGAGUUCAUGACGCUCUGGGACGGCCUGAUGUCGAGUACGGAUCGGAUACUGGUCCUGGGUGCCACGAACCGACCAAACGACAUCGACUCGGCCAUCCUUCGACGAAUGCCCAAGCGCUUCUCCGUUGGCCUUCCCGAUAUCGAGCAGCGAGAGAAGAUCCUCAACCUUAUGCUCCAAGACACGGAACUUGCCGAGGACUUCUCCAUGCACAAACUCGCGGAGGAGACCGACGGCUUGUCGGGCUCUGACCUGAAGGAGCUCUGUCGUAACGCCGCCAUGCGGCCGAUGCGUGAGUUCAUUCGCGAGUCGGAUGAUGACCACGAGCUGCUCUCGCGCAGCCAGGAUGAGGGUUUCAAGCUGCGUCCGUUGACGCUUCCGGACUUCUUCGCCCCCGACGAAACAAGCCCUCUCCCACCGAUAAACCCCCUCGAUGGUGUAUCAUAGUGGAUAGAGACGAUACGAUGACCGUUCCUAGACUUAAUCGAUACG